AUGGCGGACAGGGUGCUCUGCAAGUACUUUAAGAAUGGAUGCUGCAAAUUUGGCGAAAGCUGCGUUUUCUCCCAUGACUUUAGCGAUGGCGCGGACAUGGUGUGUAAAUUCUUCCUUGCCGGAAAUUGCACAUAUGGAGACAAGUGCCGGUACGAUCAUGUACGGCCUGACUGGUGGAAGAAGCGCGAGGUCAUGCCAAGCACCAGCGCAUCAACUGCAAGCACCUCCAGGCCUGGCAAUGCCCUUGCCCAGCCCUUCCAGCAGCCCACACAGUCACUGCGGCCCAUGGCAGCUCCCUUUGUGCCCCGGACAUGCUCAACCGGUGCCUUGGGCCCCACCUCGUCACAAGGUUCAAAUAGGAACUGGGCAGCAGUUGCAGGGAAGACGGCGACCAUAUGUGCUGCAGACCACCUGGCCUUGGUAUCCUGGGAGGAAGUGGGAAUAGAGCCUGGGGUUGCAGAUGAAGGCGAUCGGUAUCGCUUGGAGAAUCAUGAACACGGAUGGACAGAUUAUGGGCAAGUGGAACUGCCGGAAAGCUUGGAAUGUUUGUCCGAGGUCAGGAGACAAGAAAACGACACUGCACACAGUGGCAUUGAGGAACAUGACCUGUGGGAUGGGCCCCAGGAGUCUUGGGACGACGCAAACUCCCACAGACAGUCAUUCUGUUGGCAAUAUCUCAAUGGGGGAUUUUGUGUGAAUGGAGACAGUUGCACAAUGCUGCACGGAGAGUACUGUGAGACCUGUACAAAGUACUGCCUGCACCCCGAGGACGAGCAGGAGAGGCAGAUGCACAAGGAUGCCUGCAAGCAGCGCCACAGUCGGCUGGACGCAUGCGUGCAGAGUGCUGAGAUGGAGUGUGGGAUAUGCCUGGAGAAGGUGCUCAAGAACCCCAAUCCAGCGCUGAGGAAAUUCGGUCUGAUGAACUGUGAGCACUGCUUCUGCCUGAGCUGCAUACGCAACUGGAGGUCCAACAGCGAUGGGGAAUUUGACUUAUCCGCGGCACUCCGUACGUGCCCCAUCUGUCGCACAACCACGUACUUCAUUACGCCCAGUGCAGUUUGGCCCACGAAUCGCGAGGACAAGGAGCGCAUAGUGGAGAGCUACAAGCAGAAACUGGCGUCCAUCGACUGCAAGUACUUCAAUUUCGGGGCUGGGGAAUGUCCCUUCGGGACUUCAUGCUUCUACCGCCAUGUUGACAAGGAUGGUGUUUUCCAGGAUGUCAAACCUCGAUUCAUUGCCAAUGCGGAAGGCGAAGUGAAGUCCGUUCGCCCGAUGCACUUUGGUGACCUGCUCAAUACUGCAUCAGCAAGGCGGAUCAUGAACCGCCGGAGACGGUGA